CUUCAUGAACCAGUAUUAAAAGCGAAAUCGCCCAACAUUACCCCAACACAAGACUGAAUGACCUUCACAAUUUAUACAAAUACAAUUUGUUGUAGAAUUUAAACAAUAGUUGCUAGACUGUAGCAGCAAAAGAGCGGUAUUCUGCUAUACACAGUGGGUCUAACGUUAACGUUAUUAUUUGUUUGUGUUGAACUUUGACAGUUUCUUUUCAAGUACAGCAGUGAGUCUGACGCCAAGGAUGUCCAGUCCCAGAAAAGUCGUCGAGUUGUUUUAUGAUGUCGUUUCUCCGUAUUCCUGGCUGGCAUUUGAGGUGCUGUGCCGCUAUAGAAAUGUUUGGAACAUCGAACUCAAAUUUAAACCGGCAUUUUUAGGGGGAGUCAUGCAAGGCUCAGGUAACCGCCCCCCUGCAAUGAUCCCUAAUAAGUUUUAUUACAUGAACACCGAUCUGAAACGGCUGUCUGAGUACUUUGUGCUCCCUUUGAAUCAACCUUCAAAUCCUGUUGAGGUGAUGUUUGAGAAAGGUUCUUUGAAUGCGAUGCGUUUUGUGACAGCUGUAGCAGAAAAGAACAAAGAGGGAGACGUGCUGGUGGAGAAGGUGUCCAGAGAGCUGUGGAAAAGAAUUUGGAGCACUGAUCAGGACAUUACCCAGCCUGCCUCAUUCAUUGAGGCGGGAUUAAAUGCAGGUCUCUCAGCCAAUGAGGUGGAGGAAAUUCUGACCCUUGCCAAAUCUCAGCCAAUCAAAGACAAGCUGAAGAGUGCCACACAGGAAGCACUGGAGCAUAGAUGUUUUGGUUUUCCGUGCAUUGUGUGUCAUGUGAAUGGAAAGGCUGAGGUCUUCUUUGGCUCGGACAGAUUUGAGCUCAUGGCUCAUUGCAUCGGGGAGAAGUGGAUGGGGCCUCAGCCUCUCAAACCCACAGCCAAAAUGUGAUCACUACUCCUCCAUACAUAUUUCAACAACUUCUAAAUAAACAUUUAAUUUGAUGUAAAUUGACUUUUUUUUAUUCAUCAGCGAAUGUAAACACACAAAAUAAUAAAGGAAAGCCAUGGAGACAGAAAUACGAUUUAUGUCUA